CUACUCUGGUGAUAAUUAUGCUGGUGAAUUCGAUUGGAAAAAUUCCUACUCCCAAAAUACACAGAUUAGUCCUGCCCCGAUAGACAGUUUUCAGGAAAUGGAGGAUUCUCAGGAAAGGGUAAAAGAGAUGAAAUUACAACUUAAAGCCUGUAAAGAGGCGUUGUCAUCAAAAAGAUCUGAUUUACUUCAAUUAUGGUUCCGAAGCCAACAAUAUAAAGAGAUGAUUCGCAUAUUAGAUUUAAUAGAGGAUUUCAAGGGUGCUCCUGAAAAAUUAGAAGGGUUAUUAAGAGAAAAACAUUUUUUAACAGCUUCAAAUUUACUUUUGGAAUCCACUCGAAUGUUAGAAAAAAAAGAAAUGAUUGGUAUUGGUGCGUUAUCUGACUUGCGACGAUAUUUCAAGGCGCAGCAAAGCAAAUAUGACAUGACAGAGAUUUUUUCUCUUGACGCUCCUGAAAAUGAUGCGCAGUUAGAGACAUUAAGAGAUCUGUUAUGGACUCUUUACUCAAAGCUAGAUGCUGUUUUGCAAGGACAUAGAUUUAUUCUUGAUGUUAUUGAAAGAAUAAACAAGGUUCGUACGCUUCUACGUGACUAUAUCACAAAUGAUGAAAGAGAUUCAGCAUCCAUAGAUGCUCCAGACGCAUUACUUCAGGAUCUUAUGAAAGAGAAGAAACCUCGUGACUCUUCUAAACAAUUAUUUAAAUUUGGAGAUGCUGAUCUGAAAUCAUACACUGUCUUUGAUCAACAAUACGAAGCAGAUAUUAAAACUGCACUUCAAAAAUUUCUUCCAGAGACGUUUUCCAAAACUCCAGAUGAAAGACAACUUUCUGUAUUUGUGGUAGAUCGAUUUGCAAAUACAAAUAUAACUGCUGGUCAUCGUCUUGUAGUUAAACCAGAUGCCUUUAAUGUUUCUGUUUUAUUCAAACCUACGUCAGCCUUUUUGGAGAAGGUCAAAACAAUGUUGCCUCCUGGUGAUCAUCGAUCAUCGGAAGAUUUCACUACUUUUCUUGAUGAUUUUGUCUCCAAUGUAUUUUUGCCUCAAAUUGGAGAUAAAAUUUUUGAAUUGUUUCAAAAAUCCACAUCUGAUUCAGGGGGUACCGGAAAUCACCAAGGAAUUAGUGCCACUUGGGUACAGCAAGAUCAAUUAGCUGAAAUUUUGGGUCAGUAUCCAUACCUUGAUGAUGAUACUGUUAAAAGCCGUCGAAAACGAAACCACCCUACUAAUUUACCAACAAAAAUGGAUGAUGCUGCAAAAAUGGAUGAUGGCAAAUUGGCAAAACAAAAUCGGAGAUGGUCGCAAUAUGGUGAUAUUAAUCUUAACCAUGGACCAAAAGAUGAUGAAAAAAAGAACGAUGACAAUCAAAAUACUGGGUUGUCACUGACAGACGAAAUGACAAAGUAUGCGUCUUAG